AUGUUUAUGGACUUGAUGAAUCGAGUAUUUAGAGAUUUUCUUGAUCAGUCUGUUAUUGUGUUUAUUGAUGAUAUUCUUGUGUACUCUAAGACUCGGGAAGAACGCGAGGAACACUUAAGCUUAGUGUUGCAGACUUUAAGAGAGCAUAAGUUGUUUGCAAAGUUUUCGAAAUGUGAAUUUUGGCAACAAUCGGUUAAGUUUUUGGGGCAUGUGAUAUCUGAAUCCGGAGUUUCUGUAGACCCUUCCAAGAUUGAGGCAGUGUUAAGUUGGAAACCACCUGCAACGGUUUCAGAGAUUCGAAGUUUUCUUGGUUUAGCUGGAUAUUACCGUCGUUUUAUCAAAGAUUUUUCUCGAAUUACGGGACCACUUACUAAGCUAACUAGGAAGGGAGUACAGUUUGUUUGGGAUUCUAAGUGUGAGGAUGUUUUUCGGGAGCUUAAGACUAAGCUUACUUCAACACCAAUUUUUACCUUACCUGAAAAAGGAAAGGAGCUUGAAGGUAAGGUUAUUGCCUAUGCGUCUAGGCAAUUGCGUGUCCAUGAGAAGAAUUAUCCAACCCAUGACUUGGAGUUGGCAGCGAUAGUUUUUGCUCUGAAGUUGUGGCGUCAUUACUUGUAUGACGAGAGAUUUGAGCUUUUCACUGAUCAUAAGAGUCUCAAGUAUAUGUUUUCCUAG